CAAUGCAAAGCUAUAAAUUGCCCCAUAAUCACAGACGCUUGAAAAUGGCGGCGAACGUCAAACAACAACUGGCGCAGCUUGCAAAUUUGUCUCAUUCAAAAGAUGUCAUUGAUAGGUACCGAACUAUUCUAGAUGGAAUUUUUAAAUCAAGAGGAAGUCCAGACUUCAUUCAACAGUUACAGGCAUUUGUUGAAGCAUUGCUGAACGAGAUUGUCAGCUUGGUUAUUUCCCGGCAGCUGUUGGGGGUGUUCUGUGCGCAGCUUUUACAGUUGGAUGACACCAUAGCCAAACAAAUUGCCCUGUUUACAUUAGAAAAGGUUCAGGCUAGAGUUAUUUCCUUUGAAGAACAGGUGUCUGAUAUUAGGCAACAUCUUGCAGAUAUUUAUGAGAGAGAGGGAUCAUGGAAAGAAGCAGCAAAUAUUUUAGUAGGAAUACCAAUGGAGACUGGUCAAAGACAAUACAAGCCUGAGUACAAGCUGGAGACGUACCUGAAGAUAGCGCGGCUGUACCUGGAGGACUCUGAUCCUGUACAAGCCGAGGCCUACAUCAACAGGGCCUCCCUACUGCAGACAGACUCACAGAAUCUGGAGCUGCAGAUCCACUACAAGGCCUGUUAUGCGCGAGUCCUGGAUUUCCGACGCAAGUUUAUUGAAGCUGCGGUACGAUACAAUGAAUUGUCCUAUAAGUCUGUUGUGGCAGAAGAAGAACGAAUCACAGCUCUAAAGAAUGCACUCAUCUGUACAGUUCUUGCCUCUGCAGGACAGCAGCGAUCACGAAUGCUGGCCACAUUGUUCAAGGAUGAGAGAUGUGUAAAACUGCCUGCAUACAAUAUUCUAGAAAAAAUGUAUCUAGAUCGUAUCAUCCGCAGCAGUGAGCUAGAGGAGUUUGCAGCCCUGCUGCAGUCACACCAGAAGGCGGUCACUGCUGAUGGGUCCACAAUCCUUGAUAGAGCAGUUAUAGAGCACAAUCUUCUCUCAGCCAGUAAACUCUACAACAACAUCGCAUUCUCAGAGCUUGGAGCCCUCUUGGAAAUACCACCAGCCAAGGCAGAGAAAAUUGCAUCCCAGAUGAUCACAGAAGGUAGAAUGAACGGCUACAUUGACCAGAUUGACUCCAUUGUACAUUUUGAAUGCCGUGAAGCCCUUCCCACAUGGGACAAGCAGAUCCAGGGCCUCUGUUUCCAGGUGAACAGCAUCAUAGAGAAGAUCACUGCAACAGAACCCGAAUGGAUGCUGAAAACUAUGGAGGCCCAACUAAACCAGCCUUGAGAUGUGGGGGGGGAGGUGGUUUGUGGAGAAUGGGCUUAAUUUAUGUGCGUAAAGUGUCGUCCAAGAUUGGCAGUGCAGUCUGCACAGGUUAAUUAAGAGACACUUUCCGCUUUUAAGAAAUGUUUUGUGUAUAGGAGGUCUUCUUAAUAAAAUACCAGUCUUAGCGGAAAGUGUUGUCCUUGAUUAGCCUGUAAAAAUGAUGUGCAUUUUACCCAGAUGCAACCAGUCCAGUUUUCCGAGAAUGAGGCUCAAAUGAUUGUGACACUUCUUUUAUGCCAUCUUGAUUAAGACUGACUUCUAGUAGUUGUUGCCCUUUGAUGAAAAUGGCUUGAAUGUGAGUCUUGGGGUUUCAUUGUCUGGAAUGUAAAAAUGCAUUCCUUGUUAAAUAUGAGCCAUGCUCUGUGAAAAGGGGGUUUAAUGCAUGUACGUAAAGUGUCAUCCCAGAUUAGCCUGUGCAGUCAACACAGGCUAAUCAGGGACGAAACUUUCCACCUUUACUAGAUUUUUGCGAAGAAGAGACUUUCUUUAAACGAAACAUACCAUAAAAGUCGAAAGUGUCUUUGUUGAUUAAUCUGUGCAGACUGCACAGGCUAAUUUUAGACUACACCUUAACCCACAUGCAUCAUACCCCUUUUUUACAGGGCACAGCUCAUAUGGAUUACUUGAAACAACAUGCUUUUGUUCUACUGUAUGUCAAAAUGUGUCGAAAGGUCAGACUGUCUAACCAUAUCAGGUGACAUUCUGAUAUGGUUGUAGACCUUUCAUGUAAUAGACUUCUCGUUUUCAUGUUUGAAUCAGGCUCAUUGCGUUAUGUAAAUAAGUGCUGCGUAUUCUUAAUGUAAAAAUUAUGUUCUACUGAAACUGCAACAUGAUGACAAGUUGUUUUGCAUAUGCAAUGUAAACUUAAGUCUUAUAUGCUGUGACACAUUCAAUCGUCUUCUGAGCUCAACUGAUCAAGUACCUAUUGGGGGUGUUUCACAUUUAUGAAAAGACUGCUUGUAUGAUCUUGAAAUGAAGAACUGUUUUUGGUAGUUUUUGUUUGUACAUGUGUAUCGUUAAUAAAUAUACAGGUCCCUUUGAA